CUGUGAUCUGUGACACCCCUGUACAGACUCAUUUCAGCGACACUUCUCUUAUACUGUAGCUGUGACGUUUGCCAAACCCCAGUGUGCAGCGCUACAGUGCGGGGUGUGCGGUGCGUAUUGCUUUAAAGUUGUGGAAAAGAUUUGAAGGGAAGGUGCGGGGGAGGAGGCGGCAGUGCGCCAAUAAGGGUGAACGGAGAGAAGAGCUGCUCUCUCGACACACUGGCACAUGAAGAUGAGAAGGAAAGACGCGGCGCUCCUCAGCCUCAUGAACACGCGCUUAGCGUUAACAGUGCGCUGAUCUGCUCGUGACCUUCACUCCUCGAUGGAAGCACAGGGAAGACUCGGGAUCCACUUGCCACAAGCCGAAAUCGAUCGCUCAGAGUAAUGGGGAAUAGUGCACCCAAACCGCUUACAGUAGAUGCAAACCUACAGCACCGCCCUGUGGCUAGCCGCCAGUAUUACAUUCUUCCUCAUGGCACGGUGGAGAGGCGAUCGUCUGCACUGGCUGUUAAUUUGGAGUCUCCACGCUUCCACCCACAUGCCAAGGGCAAGAACAUCCGUCUGGAUGCGCAGCUGCGACGUGCCACGCGCAAGAACAGCUUCUGCCAUGGCCUGACAUUCAGCCAGCGGCCCAUCCGUCUCUACGAGCAGGUACGCUUGCGCCUGUCAGGGGUGCACUCAGGCUGGAGCGGUGCACUACGCUUUGGCUUCACCAGUCUAGAUCCGGGCGAGCUUGCCUCAUCCGACAUCCCCAAAUACGCCUGCCCGGACCUGGUGGCACGGCCUGGCUACUGGGCCAAAGCCCUGCCCGAGAGACUGGCGGCAAGGGACAAUGUGCUGGCUUUCUGGGCCGACCGGCAUGGCCGUGUCUUCUACACAGUCAACGAUGGUGAGCCUGUACUGUUCCACUGCGGCCUGAGUGCUGCCCGUCCACUCUGGGCCAUCAUAGACAUCUACGGCAUCACACAGGAGGUCACGCUCCUUGAAAGCACGUUUGCUGACAGUACGAGCUGCCUGAGCGUGGCGCGUCUCAGUGCCUACCUGCCUCCAAGCAACCAUGACUCGGCCAACUAUAGCAACAACCAGUUAGAGAGCAACCAGGCUGCCAAGAUGGCUGCCUUGCACCUCAGCAGCUCCACGCAGCCGAGCCCCUGCUGCUCCUCCUCUUCCUCCUCAUCCUCUUUCGGUGUCCAGAGGUCAUCCCGUGGCCUUCCCUCCACCCUUGAUGCCGACCUGCGCUUUCACCCGGUGCGUGGCGCCGACGUGCUCCUGUCCAGUGACCGUUCUAUGGCCUGCGUCCACUCCCCAGAUGGCAUUCGGACUUUGGUGUUCAGUGACAGGCCCAUGAGACUAGGUGAGACUCUGUUUGUGGAGGUGAGUCACAUGGGCCCACCUUGCCUUGGCAUGCUCCUUUUUGGCAUGACUUCGUGUGACCCAGGCACAUUGCACGCUGCAGAGUUGCCUGCUGAGCCUGAUGCUCUCCUCGAUCGUAAGGAGUACUGGGUGGUUCACCGUGGACUCCCUGCGCCUGCACCUGGCGACGUGCUCAGCUUCAUGCUUCUGCCUGACGGUGAAGUGCAUCAUGGGAUUAAUGGGGUAGCACGUGGACGCUUGCUGUGUGUCGACUCCUCUCAGGCUCUGUGGACCUUCUUCGCUCUGCGUGGUGCCAUCAACCGACUCAGGAUAUUAGGAACACUGCAGGCAAGUCCAUCCACCUCUCCCUCUGUAUCCCAUGGCACAGCGUCCGAUGACAGUGACUCUGACCUGACUUUUAGUGUCAACAGAUCCUCAUCUGCCUCCGAGUCCUCACUGGUAACAGCCCCCAGCUCUCCUCUCAGUCCCCCCGUCUCGCCUAGCCUCUCCUUUCCAGAGACGCCACUGAACAGCAAGAGCGGCGAGUGCACCGUGUGCUUCGAUCAGGAGGUGGACACUGUCAUUUACACAUGUGGACACAUGUGUCUCUGUCAUGAGUGUGGACUUAAGCUAAAGAAACAGAUCAACGCUUGCUGCCCGAUCUGCCGGAGACCCAUCAAGGAUGUGAUCAAAACUUACAGGCCAUGAGAAGACGCAGAACUCAACAAGCAGCUGAGAACCAGCUUUCUAUUCUGAACUGAGUUUGGAUUUCAGGACUAUUCUGUAGCUUUGACUCCUGUAGCGUAACCUCAGUCUCUGUCCCCAACCCCUACCCUACCACCCCCCACCCCACCUCCCCGUCACCCCCCAUCAUCCUCCACCCAGUCCAGAGGCAGUGAAAUGAUUUUUUUUUUUUUUUUUUUUUGGAACACGAGGUUUGUCUGAUGCUUGCUCAGACAUUUUAGUGCCUUUGACGUUUGUCUCAAAAGCAUCGCCUAUCAACCUGACAAUCAUAUUUGAUAAAUAGUGCUAUACAGAAUAUAUGACUUUUAUCAGAGAGACACUGAGAGGCUUGUUUAAGCAAUGAAACUAACAGAUGUAAACAGAUAAAAAUGAAUAAUUAUUUUUGUUUGAUAUUUUAAAAGUAAAUAUGUGUGUUUCCAAUUGUGUAAAAUGGAUAAUAAAAGAAAUCCAAUCAUAUGUAUAGUGAAAGAUGAGAGGACAUUUAUUGCACUUAACUGAGUAAACUACAUCUGCAGAUAGACAGCAUCUGAAGGCAUUUCUGUAUAAACAAGGACUGCAUUUUAACGAAAUACAUAAAAAUAUUUUUUGUAAAGUUCAUUUCAUUAUUAUGGCUGUAUGAUUAUGUGAAUGGUAUAUAACUGGUAAAUGCAUUCUUUUACUGAGGAAACCCUCCCACAUUUUUAAUUUCAUGCAUAAUCUCUGCACAGUUAAUAGAAUCUGUAAAGGUCAAGUAAAUGUAGAUGUGUAGAGUUUCAACGACAGAGCACACGAAAACCUAGAAGAGUGUUCAGUAUAGGCCAGACUUUGACUUUGUAAUUUUAAUGAAGAAAUUUUCAAAAGUAGUCAAAAUGUGCAUAUUCUUAGCCCUGUUAGAGACUUGUACCAAACACUCUUUGGGAAAAGUUCUCCAAUGGUUAUAUAAGGGUUUGAUGGAUAAAUAAGGGUUUUUUAGUUUCCGAAGCUUCACUCAGUUGGAGAGUUAUAAAUUUUUUUAGAGUGUAGGUCAAAAUGUUCAUGAACAUGAGCUUUUUUUUAUGUCAUUUUCUGCAUUUGGACAGCAUUAAGUACCACAUAUCUGCAUUUGCUGAACAUAUGCUUAUUGUCCAUGUGAUUACAUAAUUACAUAAUGUAUUUUUAUUUUUUUUAAAUACAUUGACAAUCUAAAACAGGAGUGUCUUGCCUUGCUCCUGGACAUAACUGCCUCUAGAGUCCCCCUAAUUUAUCACUCCUGAUACAGCUGAUCAAGUUUUGUUAAAUUAGGGCUUGAACUAGACUAAAAUUAAAAUUGAUUAAAUGAACACUAUUAAAAUUGUUCUCAGGAAAGUGUUGACAUGCACACUGCUUAAUGUAGGUCAUUUACACUAUGUGUUUGGAUAAAGUGUAAUUUUUAAAUGACAACUCUAGAUCCACCUGUACCUGGCAAAUCAGUAGCAAAUAAACUUUUUUGCUUGUGACAUUUAUACCCUUGCACAGAAAAUGUUAUUAAAUUUGUGCACUAAACACAUAUAGUUGUAUGUGAAGAAGUUGCUUCUUGAGCAUGGAUGUCAAUGACUCAGUACUAUUACAGACACCACAGAAUUCUAUGCACCAGAUCAUGCAGAAAUCUUCACUUCUUUAAUACAGAAUUUAGAAUUAAAACCCAAAAUUCACAGGGAAAAGGACAAAUCUAAAACAGUAAGAAAACACAUUCCAUAUUAAAGAUUAUCUUUUCACAGAUUAUAAUCAGGACAUGAAUUAUAAUUCCAGCUCACACAUACAAUGAACAUUUUAACACAGCUGAAGUGGUGGUGUGUUUCAACAUUCCCCUGGUUUGACUAUGUAAGUGUCUUUGCCUGUAGAAAAAAAAAGAGAGAAAGUAAUAAAUGCUGGGAUUAAGCUUGA